UGAUAGUGUUGUAAGAUCGACAGUGGUUUAGUGGUUAUGAUUUUUGAUUGCCAAGCGAUGGGCACCAGGUUCGAAUCCCAUAUUUCUUACAUAACCUACUUAAUUGAAUACUAAACUGACCGAUGCCCUUACGAAAUCAUGGAAAUUGAAAAUGCCAAUUGUAAGAUAAGGGUGUCCCAGUGCACUGAAAUGGAGAUGUUCCCGGUGGAACAACCGCUGAAGAUUGAACGUGAAAUAACAGGCUUGGACAAAUUAGUUGAGGAGUUGCACAGGGUGUUCUCAAACGACCACGUCAAUGUACAUGAUGUUCAGAAGCUGAUGGCCGGUUACAAGACCAAGCCGAGCGAUUGGAGGAAAUACGCCAAGUUUGAUAGGUUCCGGUAUACCAGAAACCUGGUGGACGCUGGUAACGGCGCCUUCAACAUCAUGAUCCUCUGCUGGGGACCAGGGCACGCAUCAGCGAUACAUGACCACGCCGACUCCCAUUGUUUCAUGAAGGUUCUGAGCGGAAACCUUGAGGAAGUCAGAUACAAUUGGCCGGACAACGUUGAGCCCGAAGUCUUGAAAGUUCUAAAAAACAAUAAAACAAGAAGACGCUGUUGUUCAGUCACCGAUGACGCCUGUCAUAAUAGCAACUGUCAAAAUUCCCGCGCAAACGAUCAUCGUAAAGAUGAGAAUUCGAAUUUCGAAAACGGAACCAAGAACGGAGGCAGCAGUGACAAAAUGGCCGCCGGACAAAAUGGCGACUAUGAGAAUGAUGAAUACAAGGCGAAUGAUAUGGAAGAAGUUGGUAGAACGAGAUUGGAGGUUGACGAUGUUUGUUAUAUUAAUGAUGCCCUAGGCCUUCACCGAAUGGAGAACCCGUCUCACGUCGACAGCGCUGUCUCCCUCCAUCUCUACUGCCCACCGUUCGACAGCUGCCGAGUCUUUGACGCCAGGACCGGGAAACCCACGCAAGUCAACGUGACAUUCUGGUCUAUGUAUGGGAAGAAGAUUAAGAGGGUAAUGGAAGCCAACGAAAUAGCGGACAGCCAAUAACCUUUUUUAUAUAAAAAAAAUAAAUAACAUGACACAAAGUGUCUACAAACACAUUUAAAUUCAUUAUCUCUAUUUAAACAAUCCAAUUAAUUUAUCACACAAUACCUAUGUAAGACAAUUUUAGUUAUUUUGCGAAAAGGUGAAUGUCGACUUGUUUUAUUUAUAUAAGUAACUUCUUAAUUUCUUGUUCAUAUUAGAUACACUUUUUCUUUGUCCUUUGUUUCAAAUACAAUGAAGACUGUCAAGAUUAUAUUUUGUUAUAAAAGAAUUAUUUGCCAAAUACUUUAAGAUGUGUACUACUUACUACCCUUGAAUUAUUGGCGUAAAUACUCGUAAAUAAAUGGAUCAUCAGCUGUUAAAAGUAAGGUCUAAAGAUACCUUUAAUACCGUUAAAGACACAUUUGGGAUUCUUGUCGGCGAUGGGCUAGCAACCUGUCACUAUUUGAAUCUCAAUGCUAUACAGCUGAACGUGUCAUUUCAGUCGUUUCGAGGCUGUUAGCUCUGUCUACCCCGCAAGAAAUAAAGACGUGAUUAUAUAAAUAUAAUUUUUUGCUUCGUAAUUUUUAUGGCAUAAUAAUUUUUCGCAUAACUUUUUUUGCAUAAUUACAGAUUCCGUGAAAAGUAACCUUUCACUACUUAGUUGAAUCUCAAUUCUAUCAUUAAGCCAUACAGCUGAACGUGGCCUAUCAGUCGUUACGAAAUUAUUGACAAUGUUUACCCCGUAAUCGAUAAAUACGUGAUUAAAUGUAUUCUGUUUGUAAAAGAUUUGCAUCCAUGCUAAACUGGUAGCGACAAUAAAUGUAAUAUAAAUAA